GCUCCCUUCCGACUGCUCGCUCUAGGCGACCCCCAACUCGAAGGAGAUACUUCUCUACCCGAUCCCAACGCGCCGCUGUUUCCUGGUCUCAUAGGCCUGCGCAACCGCUUGUGGACCGAGCCGCUGGACGUGGCAGCACGUCUCUUGCGACGCACUGUCAAAGACAUGGUCACGACCGACCUUCCACGCUUGCUGCAAGCCCACCGAAAGAGAUUGGAUCUAUUGGGCAAUGAUUACUACCUGGCUCACAUCUAUCGCGCCACCAGAUGGUGGACACAGCCAACCCAUGUCUCUGUGCUGGGCGAUCUACUCGGCAGCCAAUGGAUCACCGACCACGAGUUCGACCGACGAGCCAACAGGUUCUGGAACCGCGUUUUCGUCGAUGCUCACCCCUGGAAAAAUAGUGCGCACGAGCAAGAGUCUGAACACGUUGCUGCUUGGGAUUUUGUGGACAAGGUGAGAGCCAGCCAGACGCCCGCUCUGCUCAACGUCGCCGGAAAUCAUGACAUUGGAUACGCUGGUGAUAUCGACCAACACCGUAUUGAUCGCUUCGAACGUUCCUUUGGCAAAGUCAACUGGCGCAUCAGGAUCCCCUUAUCGGAUUCAUCGUCCAAUUUGACCGCGGAGCUGCAUCUUGUGAAUCUCAAUUCCAUGAAUUUAGAUAAUCCUGCAUGGAACCAACAUCUCUACCAUGAAACACAUUUUUAUCUGGACAGCGUCAUCAACGAUACCAACACACGCAACCCUCAAGAUGCCGUCAUAUUGCUUACACAUGUCCCCCUGUACAAGCCAGCUGGUGUUUGUGUUGAUCCUCCUUUUUUCAGCUAUUUUGAACCUCAUCACGGUGGUGGCAUUCGCGAGCAAAAUCAUCUUUCUCGGCAAUCGAGUGAAAAGAUACUGAGUGGCUUAUUUGGAUCUAAGCGUGCAGGCAUUGUUCUCAACGGCCAUGACCAUGAAGGAUGCGACACAUGGCAUGACUACUCCGAGGCCGAUCAAGCACAGUGGAACUCGACCAGUUUCUCUGCACUCAACGCAACCACACAUGGUAUCCGAGAGGUCACUGUGCGUAGCAUGAUGGGUGACUAUGGUGGAAACGCUGGUCUGCUCUCUGCCUGGUUUGAUGACAUUCAUGGCGUGUGGAAGUUUAAAUACGCCACUUGCUCACUUGGUAAACAGCACAUCUGGUGGGCGAUACAUAUUGUCGACAUUGUUGUUGUCAUACUAGGCAUUUCAAGCGGCCUGUUA